AUGUCAGAACUAGCUACCUCUACUCUUGAAAUAGACAAGUAUUUCACUUUAAAGAACGAAUGGUCUUUGCCGGAGUAUCUAUUAUACCGCCAAAAAUGUGCUGAUUUCCUGUUAGACAAGCAUAGAGAACACUCCCUGUACACUCGGGGCCUCUCAACUAUACUGAAUAUGAAAGAGGCAAGCGAGGCUACAAUAAAAAAGGCUGGAAAUGCGCUUGUUACUUUUCAAACCGAAAAGAAAUCACAGCUGGUUAAAGAAUUCUGGAAAAGCAAUACUUCGUCACAAAAACGGAAAUUUACUGCAGUAGCUGAACGCAUGGCUCUGACGGAAGAACAUAUCACCGACGUUGUUUCCUCGACAUUCGAACAAGAACAGACAUUACGCGAUGAGAUUACAAAACAAGGGCUAAUUGUGCGAAGUAAAUUUGCGAAAUGUUUGGAAGAUACGGAUCUUGAAGAUUGUUCGAGCAAACGUCGAUGUCUCCAAGUAGAUUAUGAACUAUCACAUACUCCCGAACACCAAAUGCAUCAUCCAUCGAUCUUGUCCUCAAGUGAAAAGACAACUAAACCACCAAAAAGGAAGUCAACAAGAAAAAGGGAGGACACAUUGCCUGGUGGUGCAAAAAUCGAGAAGGCGACUCCCCUGAAUCUGCUACCGUCGGAUAAUGAUGAUUCCACUGAAGAGUAUAAUGAUGAUAACGAUGACGAAGAAGGUUUCCCUUCCUCAGAAGAAACUCUCGAUUUCAUUCUUAACAAUCAAAGUAGCUGGAUCUUGCCCUCGAAUCUAAAUGUUGGCGAUAUUUUCGCUAAGAAAAUAUCUGAAAAUGCGGAGGCAACGAAAAAGAAAAAGAAAUUAUCAGUUAUAGAAAAAGCUGUAUUACGCUAUGGUUUAUCACGAAUAAUCGAUCUAUCGGCUCAUAUGAAACAAUGGUUUUCUCUCGAAGAUAGAAGAUUUAUGAUGAAGGAUUACAUGUCUUUAUUACAAGUUCCCUGCCUGAAAGAUGAAGAAACUUCCUUUGUCACAACUAUCGAAAAUAUGGUUCUCGAAAAAAGAAUAAACGAAGCAUACGAAUUUUGCGCUAGAAAAUUUACUAGCUCCGAGGCGAACAGCUACAUGCGAAAGAUUAGUAAAGUAUACUUAGAUUUAAGUGAGGACGGCGAUAUGUUGGAUUCUGCACACACUGAGAUUGACAUAAUACUAAAAGCAUGUUCAUAUAUUGUUGAAGGACUGAGGAAGAGUCUGGUAGUAAAACAAAGAUGGGGAGAGUCAUUCUGCCCAUUGAGCAGAAACACGGACUAUAAAAAUGGUCGCAAGUGUGAUGUGCGCUUUUUGUCACAAUCGGGAGUAGACCUUGGAGAAUGGGAGUUCGCGUCAAAUGCAACACCACAAAAGGCAAUUGGCGACCGUUGUCGAUCAGCACGUAUUAAUCAAUCGAUAUUAAAUGGUCUGUUGAAUCGGAACCUGACCAAUGAACAGGUUAAGAAAAUCAAUGUUCCCUUUUUACAGAUUGCGGGUACUAAUGGGCAGAUGUUAAUUGAGGAUUUGAUUGAGGGUUUCUAUGUUGUCUUUCCGGGUCCAAAGUUUGAGCUUCCCACGAAGCUUCAACAUAUUGGAAAGCUGAAAUCCUCUGUAAAUAUUAUCAAGUUUGUCAUG